UCGUUUUUCCCUACUAUAGCACCCAACUUCAACGUCGAAUGAUCCAUUUCUCUUCUCAUUAAACCCCCCUUUUUUUCUUUUAUUCGUUUCUCUUCUCUUCGUUUCGAGCUCUCCGAAUCUCUGUGUCAUUUUUUAGAGGGAAAGUAUGGCGGCAAAUGGAACCGGAGUGUCGACGCCAAGGAGUCCGUUGGCUAGGAUUCAGACGCAGAAGAAGGGCAACGAGAUGUGUCACGAUGACAGUGGAAAAACCGUUACGGCUCAGACGAUUAACGAGCUUCACUCUUUGCAGAAGAAGAGGUCUGCGCCAACUACGCCUCUCGACGGGGUCCAGGGUGCCUUCGCUAGCUUGACCGAGGGGGAACGCCAGAGGCAGCAGCUCCAGUCCAUCAGGUACACGUGCACAUGCAAUACAGAGACCCACGUGAUUGUUGGGUCAAGAGACGAGUGCUUGAAGCUUUUUCAGGCUGCUUCUUACCUCUUGCCUUGUGCAAUCUUUGGCCUACUGACAAGGAACAUGUCAAAGUUUGUAAAAGGAGACCCGGAGAGAACUAUACUGCCUGUUCCUAACAUAAUUCUAUCUAAAAUUAUAAAAUUAUUGUUAUUAUUUUUUUGUGUUGAUGCAGAGUUGUAUGAGCAGGCUAUAAAGUAUGAAAAGGGUUCUUUCAUUACAUCAACCGGUGCAUUAGCCACCCUGUCAGGAGCCAAGACCGGUCGGUCUCCAAGAGAUAAGAGGGUUGUUAUUGAUGACACCACCCAAGAUGAGCUUUGGUGGGGAAAGGGCUCACCCAACAUUGAAAUAAACGAGCAUACCUUCAUGGUGAACAGAGAAAGAGCUGUUGAUUACUUGAAUUCUCUCGACAAGGUUUUUGUGAAUGAUCAAUUCUUGAACUGGGAUCCACAGAACCGAAUCAAAGUCCGGAUUGUCUCUGCUAGAGCUUAUCAUUCAUUGUUCAUGCACAACAUGUGUAUCCGACCCACUCUUGAAGAGCUAAAGAAUUUCGGUACUCCGGACUUCACUAUAUACAAUGCUGGACAGUUCCCGUGUAAUCGUUAUACACACUACAUGACAUCCUCUACUAGCAUAGACCUUAAUCUUGCUAGGAGGGAAAUGGUCAUCCUCGGCACUCAGUAUGCCGGGGAAAUGAAGAAGGGUCUUUUCAGUGUCAUGCAUUAUCUCAUGCCUAAGCGUCAAAUCCUCUCCUUACAUUCUGGCUGCAAUAUGGGGAAAGAUGGAGAUGUUGCCCUCUUCUUUGGACUGUCAGGUACUGGCAAGACUACUCUGUCUACUGAUCACAAUAGGUAUCUGAUUGGAGAUGAUGAGCACUGUUGGAGUGAUAAUGGUGUGUCAAACAUUGAAGGCGGUUGCUAUGCCAAGUGCAUUGAUCUUUCAGGGGAGAAGGAGCCUGAUAUCUGGAAUGCCAUUAAGUUUGGCACUGUGUUGGAAAACGUAGUGUUUGAUGAACAUAAAAGACAGGUGGAUUACGGGGACAAAUCAGUUACAGAGAACACUCGUGCAGCAUACCCCAUCGAGUACAUUCCCAAUGCUAAGAUUCCAUGCGUUGGUCCACACCCUAAGAAUGUCAUACUUUUGGCAUGUGAUGCCUUUGGUGUCCUUCCACCUGUGAGCAAGCUGAGUUUGGCACAAACCAUGUAUCAUUUCAUUAGCGGUUACACUGCUCUGGUGGCUGGCACAGAAGAUGGUAUUAAGGAGCCAACAGCAACAUUCUCAGCUUGCUUUGGUGCAGCAUUUAUCAUGUUGCAUCCUACUAAGUAUGCAGCUCUGCUUGCGGAGAAAAUGCAGAAGCAUGGGGCAACAGGAUGGCUUGUUAACACUGGCUGGUCCGGUGGAACCUAUGGCUCUGGAAAGCGUAUCAAGUUACCAUACACUCGAAAAAUCAUUGAUGCCAUCCACUCUGGUAGCCUCUUGAAUGCAACUUACGAGAAAACUGAGGUGUUUGGACUAGAGAUCCCCACUGAGAUUGAGGGAGUGCCUUCAGAAAUCCUGCAUCCAGAGAACACUUGGACUGACAAGCAGGCAUACAAGGAUACACUGUUGAAAUUGGGUGGCCUGUUCAAGAAGAACUUUGAGACAUUCACAAACUACAAGAUUGGCAAGGACAACAAGCUGACUGAGGAGAUCUUAGCAGCUGGUCCAAACUUUUAACUCUGAAGCAAUGAGCAAGGCAAGAAAUUGCGAUAGGAAGUCUCGAAAGAGGAGCAAUAAGAGUGUUCUUGCUAGUAAUAGAAAAUGUAGCGUCCUUUAUUAGGGUCCAAUUCAUAUGUAAAAUGGUUUAUUAUGUCAAGCCAUAUCCAAUUUAUAAUUGGAGUAGUACUUUUCUUUUGGCUAUGACUUUACUUCGCUGAAAUAGUUAAUUGUUUAAAUAAAAAAGUAGCCUGCCUUCAGUUGUUGCCGGGGUUGAGUCCCUUCUAAAGCACCUUAAAAAGUGAGAAGAAGCACUUGGCCUUGGAUAGUAGAAUCAAUCCAAAGUUAGAAUUAUUUGAAUACUGAAACAGUUAGUACCCUUUGUCUCUAUUUCCUCUUUGCUAAAGUUAUUACCAAUCUGUGUUUUCUUCAAAAUAUAAAGAAAAAAAAAUUGAGCUUUUCUUUGCAGACAAAAGGCAUAAGAUUUGUCGUCAAAUUGUAUUGACACAAAGAAGACCAAAGGAAAAAAGUGUCAAAACUAGAGGCAAGCUCUUGAUUCCAUACACAUAUUUGCUUAUGCCAGGGACUUAAGGAUAAUUAUUUAAGGCUCCAUUGGGAGCGUCGUGUGAGUUCUUCCACCAAGUCUGCUUAGGGAACAUGAUGGACCAAAGUCUGCGUUUUAUGACUGGACAC